AUGUCGGACAUCCCCUCCGAGCCACCUGCCCUACCCAACUCGCGAAGGCAGCCGCGUAACCCGCUCGAGCCCUCCUCUACCUCAGACGGAGACGCGCAGGCAGCGGCAGGGACGUCGCGCCAGACACGCAGACAGGCGAUGACGGCGCAGGAGGUGCGCAAUUUUGACGAGAUGUUCAACACCAUCUUCAACGCCGUCGACAAGCAAGAGCGCGCGCCGCUGUCUCUCUGGCCUGACGGUAAGGCAAAGGAGGGGGUGCCGAUUAUUGGGAUAGGGAGAGGGCGGCUCAGGAGCGGGGCGGCCCAGCAACGAGCGGAUAUGUUUACUCUGAGGCAACAGAGCCGGAAGAUCAAGUGGACGAGCGCGGACGACGAGGAGCUGGAUAGUUUGAGAGAGGAGAUGGAUAUGUGCGACACGGACGAGCAGCUACUGAACUGGGCUAUGGAAAACUUGUUUGGCCCGCCGGAGGGCGCGAAGACUGCAACAACCACGCUAGAUAACGCCUUCCCUCGCCAUCCCGCCGCCUACCCACACCUACUAGCAAAGCUGAUGCAGACGUUCCGGGACAAGUACCAAGACCCGCACGUUGCGUUGAGUGUGUUCAAGCACGCGGCAGAACGGUCGAUACCGUCGUACGUGUUCGGAUGCACGACACCGGCGUACAACGAGCUGAUCCUGACGCGGUGGACAUGCUUCCGCGAUUUACGCGGGGUACACGACGCGCUGACGGAGAUGCGGGCGAACGCGGUCCGGGUGGAUGAGAAGACGCGGAGGAUCGUGGAGCAGGUGAGGAGGGAGGUGGGAACGAGGGAGCAGUGGAUGGACGGGGUCGAGCAGGAGGACGGGGUUGGGGCGGUGUUGAGGGCGAAUCUGGAGGGCGGGGAGAGUGCACAGCUGAUGAAGAAGAUCGAGGAGCUGAUUGUGCCUCGGGGGAAGAAGAAGGUGAAGAAGCCGUCGAGGUUUAGCGCGGAGAACGAGGAUUGGAAGCGGUCUGCGUUGAAAGAGGACGAUGAUGGGUGGGCCUUUGAUCGUUGGGCGGGGAAGGAAUUUGAGAACGAGGACGUUCGGUGGAAGGGUAAAGGACGGAGUUAUGGUCGGAAAGCUGAGCACGAGGAGGAUAAGCUGUCGUUGUAG